AUGGCUGCAGGAUUGAAAACCGUCAUUUUGCUAUCUUUUGUGCUUGCUGUCGGUUUCCUACUCAUCAUACUCUCGUGCGCCCUAUGGGCCAACUGGCUCCCCCUCUUAGUAGCUCUUACAUUUGUGUUGGCACCCCUUCCAAACGCCUUGUUUGCUCACUGUGGGGGAGACGAGUUCUCGGCGCACGAGUCCACUGCCGCAGUGGACUUGGGACGUUUCAUAACGGCUACUAUCGUCGUCACUGGCUUUGCUCUUCCGGUUGUCCUCACACAUUCAGAAGUAAUCAAGCCAGCAGCUUGUGUAAUGUCGAUCAUUGGUGGGGGAUUGGUGUAUAGUACCAUUAUGGCUUAUACAGCGGCAUUUAGGCAAGAUUACUCGGAAUUUGAUUGA